ACUAUCAGAUAUCACCACAGCUUGACCAACAUGACUCAAGAUCAGCCAGUUAAAGAGACCAAACCCCCUUUAGACUCAAGAAUAGGAAAGGAUGAUCCGUUCGUUUUUGGCCAAAGAUAUCUUACCAAUGAAGAAGACGUUUUCAACCAAAAUGCUUGGGAUCAUGUUGAAUGGGGAGAAGAACAAAUUAAACAAGCUCAAGAAUUGAUCUCAAAACAAUAUGAACACCCAGUAAAAGACUUUGAUAAAAAGAUGUUUAAUGCUAACCCAGCCAAGUUCUGGGACAUCUUCUAUAAAAACAACCGAGAAAACUUCUUCAAGGAUAGAAAAUGGUUACAAAUUGAAUUCCCUUCUUUGUAUAAAGUCACUAAUGAAGAUUAUCAGGAACCAACCACCAUUUUGGAAAUUGGAUGUGGUGCUGGAAACACAUUCUUUCCAAUUUUGAACCAGAACAAGAAUGAAAAUUUGAAAAUCGUAGGUUGUGACUAUUCAAAAGUCGCUGUUGACUUGGUCAAGUCUAAUGAAAAUUUCAGUCCUAAUCACGAAAGGGGUAUUGCCUUUAGUUCCGUUUGGGAUCUAGCUAACCCAGAAGGAAAACUCCCAGAGGACGUUGAACCAAACUCGGUAGAUAUUGUCAUUAUGGUAUUUGUGUUCCUGGCCUUGCAUCCAGAACAAUGGGUUCAAGCUGUAAACAACUUGUCCAAGGUAUUAAAACCAGGUGGUGAAAUUUUGUUCCGAGAUUACGGCAGAUAUGAUUUGGCACAAGUUAGAUUCAAAAAGGGAAGAUUGUUGGAUGACAACUUCUAUAUUAGAGGUGAUGGUACCAGAGUGUAUUUCUUUACCGAAGAAGAAUUAAGACAAAUUUUCUGUGUGGAUGGACCAUUUAAGGAAGACAAGAUUGGUACUGACAGAAGAUUGUUGGUGAACAGGAAAAAGGAAUUGAAAAUGUAUAGAAACUGGUUACAGGCUGUCUUCAAGGCGUAAGUAUUUACGACAUAGCAAUAAUUAUAAUAUAGAGAAAAUUAUCUAGAUGUCUAAAGAUAGUCCAAAUGUCGUGCAAUGGCAUAUCCAUGAUUGAACUGAUAUCAAUGCCAUGUAUGUAUGUACGGGCUAGUUUUACAUCAUUUGUAAAUAGAUUAGGUAAUUCUCGUUGUAGAACUCGACUUAGGGUAACGGGUUUGUCAUCUUCAUAUGCAUGUAUAGGUGCUUGAAUUACCGUGGUAGAUCCAGGGAUGUAAAUCUUUACGGGAAUUCUUUGAAACUGUUUGGGGAUAAUUUUCUUAUUCAAGCUAGUGAAUUGGCCAAGAUUUCUGGUGACAAUCGAAUUCCAAAGCAAUUUAGAGUUUGAUUCGCUUAGAUUCAUGAUUGGCUUGGCGCUGCCGUUGAUCACAAAACAUGAUUGCUUAAGUUGGUUGACUAUGAUCUCAUUCAACGAUUGUUCGUAAUUGAUGGUAUUAUCCGGGUUUGUGUACACAAACGGUAUAAUGUACUCAGCCGGGUAUUUACCUCGUAAGUUCAACUGUAUAGUCCAGCAAUUCUGAUCUAAGCCACCACCUCCACGUUCUUGAAUCACACUUGGCAAAUACAAGUAAUCGUAUAGUACACCUACAGGUAAAUUCCAGGCUAUAGGUACACCUUCAUAUUCAAACCAAAGUGCUUGCUUAUAAAUCUCAUACGACACAUAAUUUUGGAAAUAUGAAAUUAAUUGCUGGAAGUGAAUUGGCAAAUAUGAAUUUCUAGGAAUAUUAAUUAAAUAUUCGAUAUCCUCACUAUCAUGUGGCAAUACCACCUUAAUGUUAAUACAUCCGUUCCAUAAUUUUCUUUUAAUUUCAGUUGUUGCCAGCAGAGAUGCUCCUGUGAAAUUCAUAUGCAAGUUUUCCAGAUAUGAUCCACACACAAACAAAGAAACGCCAAUUUAUUCAAUGUAUAGCAUUC